UAAAUACUGUUACAUUUGGUUUUACGAUUUGAACGAGAUAGUCGUUGUGUGUUUCAAAGCCAGUUCAAUCGACCAAUAACCAAAAACAAAGAAAAUACAAAUUAUGAAUUGAAAGAAAUUAGAUUUUGCCACGGGAGCUCAUGCAGGGACUGUCGAUGAAGUCCUGCUGGCUUCAUCGAGCCAUGAACUUCAACUCUCACUGGAUCGGUUCGCAGCCGAGUGUGAAGCGGCCGGAAUGAGAAUCAGCAUCUCCAAGUCCGAGUCCAUGGUUCUCGUCCAGGAAAGGGCGGAGUGCCAUCCGCGGAGGAGGUUUAAGUACCUUGGGGUCUUAUUCACGAGUGAGGGAAGGAUGGAAUGCAACAUGAACAGGUGAAUUGGUGAGGCGUCUGCAGUGAUGUGGUGUCUACAUCGGUUCGUUGUGGUGACGAAGGAGCUAAGCCCAAAGGCAAAUUUACGGUCCAUCUACGUUCCUAGCCUCACAGAUGGCGGGUACAGGCGACCGAAAUGAGUUUUCUUCGUAGGGUGGCUGGGCUCUCCUGGGCUCUCCCUUAGAGAUAAGGUGAGAAGCACUGUCAUCUGUGAGAAACUCGAAGUAGAAACGCUACUCCUCCGCAUUGAUUGGAGCCAGAUGAGGUGGCUCCGGCAUCUGGUCAGCAUACCUCUUGGACACCGAGUGGAGAUGGAGAUGGAGGGAGAUGGAUGCUUUGAUUAGACAUUACUGCAAUGAGAAAUAUUUCAACCAUGUUGCCAACACUGCAGCAGCUGCACAGACUACAUUUCGUAGUGACCCUAUCUUCAGUGUCUUCCAUGCAUACGGCAUCUUAAUGCAAGGCCAGGUUGGAGAAGCCGCAGCAGAGCUGGACUCAAUCAAAGAUCGAGCAGAGGUGUCUCUCUGCACCAUGAUGGCUCUCAUCUAUGCGGAGAAAAGAAAGAUCCAGCCAGACAAAGAUGUCAUUCAUGAAUAUGAAGCUAAAAUCAGAGAGGAUCGCAACAGUGCAUCUCACCAGAGCCUGUAUCAUGCUGGGAUGUUUCUCUGGACCAUAGGGCGACACGAUAAAGCCAGAGAAUACACCGAGCGAAUGAUCAAGCUCUCCAAUGGCUCCAAAGAGGGGGUAAUCCUGAAAGCGUGGAUAGAUGUGACGUGUGGGAAAGACGAUCAUGCCAGGAAGGCUGGAAAAUGCUUUGAUGAAGGGACGAAAGAUCUUUUUGCACUCAUGGGGAAGGUGCAAUACUGUGAAUAUUGCCAAACCUACGAUGGAGCAUUAGACGUGGCUAACAGAAUCAUUGCCAGUUUCCCUGGGUUCCUGCCUGCUGUCAUUAAGAAGAUGAAGUUGUUUUUAAAGCUCCAAGACUGGGAGCAAACCAUCGAUGCAGCUUUCAGCAUUCUACAAAUGGAUACCAACAAUCUGGAUGCCCUCCAAAUGAUUACUCUGCAUUCUUUGUGUGUCAGUGGAGAUACGGCUGAGUCGGCAAAGACUCUUUCCAAACUCAUCAGCAGUCUGGAGGUCCUGGAACCACACAACCCAGAGCUUGCUUACAAGAUGUGUUUCGCAUUUAGCCGAGCUUGCGGCCGAAACAAGAAAGUGCUGGAACAGCUGUUCAGAAUGGUGGAGAAAGCCUUCGGUCUGACAUCAGGACACUCGGAUUUAGCCACGGAGUCGGGCUAUCUCAUGGUGCUUCAAGGUAGAAUCAAGGAGGCCAUGAAGUGGUACAAGACCGCCAUGGCUCUGGAUGAGACCAGCCUCUCUGCCCUGAUUGGCAUCAUUUGGUGUCAGCUGAUGGAGGGCUGCCUUGAAGAAGCAGAGAAAGAUUUGGAAUUUCUGACAGAAAUUCAACAAUCCACCGGAAGAUCAGGGGAGAUCCUGUAUCUGCGUGCGCUGGUGGCGGUGAAGAAGCACCGGCCCCAAGAAGAGGUAACCAAGCUGCUGGAUGACGCCGUGGAAACCCACUUCUCUACUCUGCAGGGUCUACCUCUGAGUGUGGAGUACUUUCAGAAGCUCAACCCUGACUUCCUGCUGGAGAUCGUCAAGGAGUAUCUAGCCCUGUGCCCUGCUAAGCCUGCGGCUCAGGGCCAGUCUCCUCCUCCGCAGCUCAGACGCUGUGCCGCCUUGUUGGAUACCGUGGUCAAGAUUGUACCGGGUCUCCUUCAAGGGGUCUUCCUCCAGGCCAAAGUCAGAUACCAGUCUGGCGAUGUUGAUGCUGCUCAGAGCAGUCUGCAUCACUGUCUGGAACAAUGCCCUUCUCACACUGACGCCCAUCUGCUCAUGGCACAGAUCCACUUGUUGCGUGGGAACUUCUCUUUGUGUUUCCAGUCACUGGAACUCUGCCUCAGCCACAACUUCCAGAUUCGAGAACAUCCGUUGUAUCUCCUGAUCAAAGCUCAGGCAAAGAAGAAGAUGGGGGAGCUGAGCGAGGCUAUUCAUAUUUUGCAAAUGGCAGUGAGUCUUCCAGGCGUCUGCAGGGCUGGAUCCACAACAACUAAGUCCAAAAACAAGAAGAUUGAGCUGAGUCCUGCCGACUGUGUCUCCAUCUUCUUGGAGUUAGCCGAGGCUUUGCGGCUCAGCGAUAAACAGCAAGAAGCAGCCCAAGUCAUGCAGGACGCCAUUAAUGAGUUCUCGGGGACUCCCGAAGAGCUUUGCGUCACUAUCGCCAACGUAGACUUGGCGUUGCUGCACGGCGACACGGAGCUGGCGCUGAGCAUGCUCAGAAACAUCACACCCGAGCAGCUGUACUACAUCCAAGCCAAGGAAAAGAUGGCAGACAUUUACCUGAACCACAAAAAGGACAAGCGUCUGUAUGUGAGCUGCUACAGGGAAAUAGUGGACAAGCUACCCAGCGCUCACACUUACGUCUUACUGGGGGAAGCUUACAUGCACAUUUUAGAGCCAGAGAAAGCCAUUGAGGUCUAUGAGCAUGCGCUGGACAAAAACCCAGAUGAUGCCGCUCUCGUCAGUAAAUUUGGCAAAUUUCUGGUCAAGGCGCAUUACUUCGACAAGGCAAUACAUCACUACGAGGCCGCGCUGACGACUGAGCAACACAACUUCCUGCGUUACGACCUGGCCGAGCUGCUCAUGAAGAUGAAGCAGUACGAGCGCUGUGAGGCGGUUCUGCGCCACGCCGUCGCCCAUGAGCCAGUGAACAGAAGAUGUGUCCUGUCAAACCACUGCCGUUAUCUCAUGCUGCUGGCAAAGGUCCAAAAUAAAGAUGACAAAGGCGAGGAAGCCUUAAUCUCCCUGCAAAGAGCGCAAGACGUCCAGGCCAAGGUGCUGAAGCGAGUGGAAUCGGAGGCGCCUGACGCCGUCCCCGCGCAGAAGCAGCUCGCCGCCAAGAUCUGCGCUGAGAUCGCGCAACACUACACCGGUCAGAGGGGCUACGAGAGAGCCAUCAAGUUCUACAAAGAAGCGCUUGUGUAUUGUGAGAGCGAUCACAAGGUGAUGCUGGACUUGGCGCAGAUGUUCCUCACCCUAGACGAGGUGGAUGCGUGCCAGGAGCAAUGCAGCGUCAUCUUGAAGAAGGACCAGUUUAAUGAGGAUGCAACUCUGAUGAUGGCUGACCUUAUGUUCAGGAGGCAAGACUAUGAGCAGGCGGUCUUCCGCUAUCAGCAACUGUUGGAGCGCAAGCCAGACAACUAUGCUACUUUUUCACGCUUCAUUGACCUGCUGAGGAGGGUGGGGAAGUUGGAAGAGGUGCCCAGAUAUUUUGAUAGAGCGGAAAACCGCUCUUCCAGGGCGUGGUUUGAUCCUGGCUUCAACUACUGUAAAGGACUUUAUCUUUGGCACACAGGAGAACCUCAUGCUGCCCUGCAACACCUCAACCAGGCACGAAAAGACAACAAGUGGGGUCAAAAUGCUCUCGAGAAGAUGAUUGAAAUCUACCUAAAUAUCAAUAACGACACCAUGGGGGUAGAGUUGUUUCAUUUAGAUGGUGGAAUCGGGGCUUCCACAGAGAAACAGGAGAUGGAGUUGGUUGCCACGACAACAGCUCAGCAGCUCCUGAAGGAGAUCAAGCCAGAGACCCCAGCAGGACACGUCCAGCUUCGUAUCCUGGAGAGCUACUGCUUACUGGCCACCAAGCAGAAGGCCAACGUAGACAAAGCCCUCUCGGUAUUCACAGACAUCGCAACAAGUAUGAAAAACCACGUCCCAGCCCUGUUGGCCAUGGCCACGUCCUUCAUGGUGUUAAAGCAACCCGCUCAAGCCAGGAGCCAAUUAAAACACAUCGCCAGGAUGACUUGGAGUGUUGUUGACGCCGACCAGUUUGAGAAGAGCUGGCUGCUCCUGGCGAACAUCUACAUCUACUCAGGGAAGUACGACCUGGCCGAUGACCUCCUGAAGAGAUGCCUCCAUCACAACAAGUCAUGCUUCAAAGCAUACGCAUAUCGAGGUUUCAUGAUGGAAAAACAGCAGGCCUUCCAUGACGCAGCGUUCAACUAUAAAUUGGCUUGGAAAUACGGAAACCAGUCCAACCCGACCAUUGGAUACAAACUUGCUUUGAAUUACCUGAAAGCAAAAGAAAAUGUGGAUGCCAUCGACGUCUGCCAUAAAGUGCUUGCUACUUAUCCCAAUUACUUGGGCAUUAGAAAGGACAUCUUGGAGCCAGCUUGUGCUGCUUUGAGGCCGUAAGCGGUCCAGCUUUCACCCCAAAUGUAGGAUUCCAGUUUAAUUGCAUGAAUUGUUGCAUAGGCUGUUCACCAGCCGACAGAUGCCGUGGAUUCAUGCUUUGACACCUCAAAGUUGGACCACAAUUCAUUCAUUCAUCCAACGAAUAAAACCUUUGUUAACGCUCCAGGAUAUGUUUUCAGUGAAAUUGUAACAUUAUUACUUGUCUUACAUGUAAGAUUUUGGGGGGUUCUUUUCGUUAUUCACUCUAUUACAGACUCGCGAGCAUGUGGAUGUUUCUUCCGUCUUUAUUCACCAUCACA